GCCGGAACGCGCGGGAGCGGGACUCCCUUCGGCGCCGGCGUGCAGGGGAUCGGCCUCCAAGUCCUAUCGCAGACGACUCUCAGGAGGAACCCAACCCCUUUCUUGUAGACGAAGCUUCUUGCUUUUUUCUUCCCUCCUCCCUUCUUGAUCACCCUCACCUUACCCGACUUCCCCUCUACCUCGUCCUCGACUUCCCUUCACUUCGUUCCCAACGAUCGUGAUGGCUGCCUAUACACAAAGCGAGGACAUGCAAGCCGUGCAGUUUCACCCUCCGAAGUACGAUGUUCGGGUCGAGAGGGUGGCGCUUCCGAGAAUCGAACAUCCUGAUGAUGCGAUCGUAAAGAUCAAGCUGGCUGGACUUUGCGGCAGCGACCUACAUACGUACCGAGGGACGGAGGUCGCGGACAGGGUGCAUAUUUGCGGACACGAAUUCGUGGGCGAGGUGGUAGCUCUUGGCGAUAGUUUUGGCAAGACCGUCGAGGGGCGCCCGAAGCUAUAUGAAAGCCUCAAAAUCGGGGACAAGGUGGUCUCGCCGUUCACGACCAAUUGUGGCGAGUGCUCCGUCUGCCGACUCGGCUUCACCUGCCGAUGCAAGAACAGUCUCCUGUUUGGGUCGCCUGCACUGCAGGGCGCGCAAGCCCAGUACAUUCGCGUUCCUCACGCUGGCGGCACCUUGUUCAAUUUGAGCGAUGCAGGGUUGACGGACGCGCAGAAGUCUAUUGCGGACAGCUCGCUGAUGCUCCUCGGCGAUAUCCUGCCGACUGGGAUGUUUGCGGCUGCGCAGGCCUUAAACCACCCGAAGUUGCAGGCAGAUCUGAGCGGCAAGCCAUGGCCUGCGUGUUUGGAGGCGUCGGCGCCCGCGCAAAGGAAUUUUACGAAGACGACGCUGAGCUUCGCCGUUAUAGGGCUUGGUCCGGUCGGGGUUUGUGCCGUCAUUGCGCUGCUUGACAUGCUAGUUCAGCGCGAUGUUCCAUACUUUGUCGUUGCUAUCGAUCCCAACCCUUUGCGAAGGCAGAAGAUGGAAGCCAUCCUUGCUGCCCUCGGACCAGAUGGCAAGGGCAAUGGUCGUGUCGUGGUUGAGUCCAUCGACGGCGCCAAGGAUCUGGUGCAGAAGGAGACCGAGACCGGAUGUAGUGCUGUUCUCGAGAUCGUCGGCAAUACCUCAGCUUUGAAGCUCGCUUACGACCUCGUGCGACCGUUUGGUGUCAUAUCUUCCGUCGGAGUGCACUCGACGGCCACUUUGCCCCUCAACGGCGACGACUUAUAUAGCAAGAACCUGUCGAUGGACUUCGGCAGAUGCCCGGCGCGCGCUAUGAUCCCAAUGGCGUUCGAUCUUCUGGUCAAGCGACAGGAUAUCUUUGGGUCUGUAGGAAAGGAGGCGAGUCUGGUGGACAGUAUCGUCGGCCUCAAUGAAGCAGUCGAGAGCUAUCAGAAGUUCGACAAGGGCGAGUCAGGUAAAAUCCUGUUUGACCCCUGGAGGGAGUAAUUUGUACGAACACUGCCUGUUUAUUGUCGAAAAUACCACGAAAAACAAAGUUGCUAUGUCA